AUGACCCCCGUCACCGACGAAGUCAAGCUGCGAAUCUACCUAUGCGCGAUUCGCCCCAUCAUGAUGUACGGAUCGGAGACUUGGGCAGCACCAUCUACGGUGAGGGAGAGGCUUGAUUGCACGGAAAGAAAGCUGCUUAGAUGGCUGCUCGGCCACUUUUGGCCUAGGGUAUGGCGCAAUGUAGACCUUUACGCAGAGAUUGAUGUGGUAUACCGGCGGAUGACACGUGAAAGAUAUCAACGUCUUGCACCGCCAUCGAAAGUGGCUAAAGUAAAUCGUCUUCGUUUCUUUGGCCAUAUAUUAAAGAGACCGGCAGAUCGCCUUGUAACAACGAGUUCUGAGGAGUUUGUCGAAUUCGGGCUAGAAGACGCCACCUGGCCGAGAAAGGAAGUUUUGGACUGA